UUAGUUUGCCAGGAGGGUGCGGUCCAAUGCUAUUGGGACCCAUUAUACGGUGAGGCAAACUUUUGAUUCGCAUUUCGGAUUAAUAUAUCUCGAUUUCCGUUUUGCCUGUAGAAGACACGCGAAUAAAGCAGCAAAAUCCUUUGGCGUUCAAGUUAUCUGUUGACAUGCGUGAAAGAAUGUAUCAGAAUGUGCAUAGUAUGAAAACAGUGCGCGUGAAAUCUCCUCACUCAACCACAACAUCAAGGAUCUAUCCGACACUUUUCUAUCACUUGAAAAUAUUUCCAGUCUUUUUCAAAUCCUUUAAGCCGCCUCUUUCUAUUCUUUGGUGAGAAUUUGAAGGCCGCAAUUUCUUUGCUCUAUCUCUCAGAGAAAUAACUAAAGGUAAGUGGUCUCAUUUUCUCAGAAUAACGGGAUGGAACUCGCGAAUUGGUAAGUACCCAUGCUCACAUUUGAAUAUUGCUAUACCGGGGUUCACCCCAAUCCUUCUUUUAGAAACAACCACUAAGUCACCGACGACGACAUCAACGUCGACGAUAUCAACGACGACGACAUCAAUGACGACGACGACAUCAAUGACGACGACGACAACGGCAACGGCCCAGUGUUCGAACCCGCCAAGCUGCAUUACGGUACCACCAAGACAGACGCCACCUCCUUACGAUUUACACAAUGUGCACGACUACACAGAUGCGGACGUUCACUGGUCAUUCAACCUGGUUGACAAGAAGUGUGUCAACGAGAAAAUACUCAAGGGCGCCUUUGACCUGACCAAGGAAAACGGCAACCUAGGUAUCACAAGUGGUGCGAUGAUGAACCCCGGAUUCAGCGGGAACAGUUUCGAUGCCAAGAGGGACCCCCAGCGCUGUCUGAGCACAGGAGCUACAGACACGCUGCCCAAGAACAAAGCGAAAGGAGAAUGCAUCCUUGACCCAAGCAAGUGCGAGUUCGGCCUGACGGUCACCAUGUGGGUGCGGAUGGACAUCGACGAAGUCCCGAAAGAUACGAGGAGAUAUUUCACUGCGACAGACAAAGAUGGCUACGGCAUGUACUACCAGUCAACCAAGCUUAGGGUAGAGUUGAUGAGUGAAGAUAAGAUAUGGAAGUCAUCAUGCGACCUCUCCCUGGGCGCGAUGGAGAAGCGGCCGUGGAUGAACAUUGGCUUCCGGUGGAACAAGUGGGAAGAUGAGGGAUUAGAGGUUCUGUUGCACGGGCAGUCGUGUGUGGACCAGAUUAAAAGCACGUCUUUCCGCGGCCAACACGCCCAUCAAGUAUCAGAGAAGAUCCUCGUAGGCUGUAGAUUGAAUCCUACCACUAGUAAGGAAGAGGACUUCAUGAUUGGAGGAAUCGAUGAGGUGGCCUUCUUUUCGCGCCGGGUGCCUGACUCGCAGUUCAUUGUCGUAUUAGGGGGAUACAACAUGCUGUUGGCUGAAGAAAACCACCUUAUUACCACUCAAACCCAACUCUCCACGACAACGGCCUUUCCGCCUUAUGAUUACGCAAACAAUAUGAUGAAAGUCCAAGGAGCCGUUGCAGGAGAUUUGAACCCAUUCUAUAAAAUGGCAGACGUUUAUUUUCCACUUCGAAACCUUGCUGACCCUGUCAAAGCAACUGGAAAUGUGGUGAUGGUCUAUGGGAGGAUGGGGCCAGGUACUGCACCUGAACUUGAAACUGCCGACAGCUUUAUCAAGCUCGGUAAUUACAAAUCCAAGUGUCCGUCCGGCGUAAAACAAUGUGGCAAUGGUGUUGCGGUGGCUGCUUGGAUCUUCCUUCCGAAAACCUUACCAGACAAGGAGGCCGUGAUCAUGCUGUCAAGUUUGUUUGGGACCAUCGUCAAAGGAUGGGCUGUUGUCUGGAAUGGCACUACUAUUGAAGUAAAAGUGGUGGACACAAAAAAAGUCUACUCAGUCCCAGCAGACCGUAUAAAAAGAGGAUCCUGGUUCAACUUUGCCUUUUCAAAUCUGAUCAGCGCUAAUUCUCGCAUGGACAUCUACGUUGGUGGAAAGAAGAUGCAACACAAAGAAAUGGCAUACAAUCCCGUUAAGCUUGGCGACAACGGAGAAGAUGGCGAUUUCUUAAUUGGUCAGAAGUCGCUGAGCGUUCCGAAGCUGCGGGUAACCGAUGUAGUGGUCUGGCUGCGAUACCUCCACGAGUUUGAACAGCAUAGGUUCCUGGGAAUAACCGCAUAUGAAAAUCGCAUGCUGGCAGAAUCAGAUGCGUACUGGAGUGCCGAUAAAUUCAUGAUUGCUGACCAGACCUCUCUACCGCUGUAUAAGACCAAGGCCUCAACUGUCACAAGGGUGGAAGGACCGAAUGGCCCUAAUAGAGCUUUCAGGAUCAAACCAGAUGACCAGGGUUGGCUGCUGUUAGGUGACGACUGGGGUGACAGCAUCACUGAUGCAAUCGGGAAGCUCCCAAAACGCCUCAAAUGCUUUACGAGCUUGGUCGAGGGUUGCAAAGAUGGCAUCACAGUCAGACUCUGGAUCAAGCUGAAUCGGGUCGACCUCCCCGGGACGAGUUUCAUCCUGAGUACUGGCCAACACGACCAUAUGUCAACAGGCGUGAGCGUGUUCAUCAGAGAGCAGAUGCUCUUUUUAGCAGUGGGGAGAGGCACGCGCGUCAAGAUGGUGGCAAUUACGAAGGAUUUGCUGCCGAUAAAUAAAUGGAUGAGGGUCGUAUUUUCAUGGUCUCCCGAUUAUCCGCUUUGGGCCGCGAUAAACGGUGAAGUUCUGGUGAAAGAUAAUCGAGGCCGCUACCAACGGAGAAAAACGAACUGGUUCCAGAGGCCAAUGAUUGGUCGAGAGAAUUCUGAUGCCAAGGAAUUAUUUGGAUUUGCCGACUUUGAUCUGCAAUACGUGUCCUAUCUCGGCAAGUACAUGCCGAGUGACGCUUUGUCUAGAGAUGUAAAUAAUUUUUACGAGGGUGCCGCAUAUUUCUGGGACAGGAACACGCUGAUCUCGAGUACACUUCGUCUCCUUCAGAAGACCAUGGACCUCAAUGGCAUAGCGCCCGGCCCAUCGAACAAGGAUGUUCUGGACAUGAAGAAGUUCAUCUCCUUGACAGGAUUAAACGCUAGAAUCAUAUUGGGGAGUUUUAAGGAUGAGUGCAUAAGUAACCCUCAACUGUGUGAGGAUGGCCUCACCGUCUCUGCAUGGUUCCGAGCACGCAAGCUCGCCGACUUAUUAGAAAACACAUUGAUUAGUUCGACGCAGACGACACCAAUUAAACCUACGGGUGAAGAGAAGGAAACGGGGUUCAAGGUAGUUAUUACCUCGAAGGCCAACGGGCAGGUGAUCGAAGCAUUCCUGCGGACACCGACUCAUGUUUGGAGAGUCACAACGAAAAAGGUGGUCCCGAUGAAUACUUGGUUUAACCUUGGCUUCACAUGGUCCCUCACCACGGGCCUGAAGGUGAUACUAGAUGCCGAGAAAAUAGCCGAGACAACAUCCGGGACUGCGCAGACCAAUACCUUCGCAACCAAUACUUUUGCUGUUAGGAAUAACGCAGGCAUUGAAGUUCUCCUCGAUGUCUACAACCUUGCUGUGUGGAAUUCUGUGACACCUGAAACCAAGUUGCACACUCUGGUUGGAAUGAAAGCCGACCACUUCUUAAAGACACAAAACAACGACUUCUUCUAUCCCUUUGACAAACCAUGGACAGACCUGAUUCAGCCGCCAUCUCAGUUGAUGAGCAACGCCACCUAUGGGACAGAUCGUUUCGGGAAAAGGGCGGGAAAAACGGAGAAGAACGGCAAUGUAUUUCCUUACGUGUCUCUUGGCAACCACAGUACUGGUUGCGUGGUGGAUCCCUCCCUUUGUAAAACAGCUGUCAUCGUUGGCAUGUACUUGCAUAUGCAAGAAGGAAACCGAGGUACCCUGUUUAGCUCAGGAGCGCAAGCUGAAGGCAACCGUGGAUUCCUAAUCGAACAGGUUGGCGUCAACGGUGACACCCUGAAUGUCACUGUGGCUGAUGGAACAAAGGUUUGGUGGAAGACGUGCUCGGCUAAUACGAGGAAGUGGUUCUACGCUCAAGUGGAGUGGACCCCGAUUAAAGGCAUCACAGUUUUCCAGGAUGGUUGGGAGAUCACCGCCAUUAGCGAAAAAGUUAUAACCGAGGCUCGAAAAAAGAUGGACCACCACAUAGUAACCCUAGGCAGAAACAACGACAAUCUCUAUACUGGUUUAGUUGAUGCCGAAUUUGAUGACAUCACGUUCAAGUAUGUCAAAGGAGCUAGCAGUAAAAUUCCCAAAGUAGACCCAGUAAAAGAGAGCUGCUACGAGAACAUGGAUGUGAUAAAAUACAUUGAUAGGAAUGAUGGGCUCAACGUGACGAAUGGAGAAUGGGUAGCCGAUCGUUUCAAUACAAUCACUGCGCUGAAAUUGACAAAAGGUUCGGUCACAAUAGAUUAUAAAGGAAAGUGCUUGAGUGACCCAACGCCUUGUAAAGAAGGAAUAAGCAUAUCAUUCUGGACAUUGAUGAACAACCUAGCCAUAACGGAAGGAUAUCUAUUCUGUUCUGGUGCACCAACCUCUCGUGGCAUCGCAGUCACAGCCAAACUGGAGGCCGGAACAGCAACACUCAAGUUCAUCGUCCAAACUGAUACAAGUAAAUGGGAAGUGUCGGGAACGACAGCUGUCAAUAAUGCUACCGAUUGGAUCAACAUCGGUCUCACGUGGAAAUCGGUUGAUGGAUUGAAAAUAUUCUUUAACGGCACACUAAAAGCCUCUACCGCAACAAAGACGCCGAGUACAGUCGCCGACACCCACACGACCGUGGUCCUUGGCAAGCCUUCUUUCGCCGAUGCAAACUACGCGAACGCCGUGUUUGAUGACCUGGCCAUCUGGUACAAUGCUUUACCUGCUCUCAACCGAUGGAAAUCACUCGGAGGGUUAUGUGGUGACGUGAUCGAAACCGUUGACCCAAGUGCAUUCACUCCACCACCGACAACAACAACGACACCGGCUCCUACCACCGCGUGGGUGCAACCAACUGACAUUACAUGCAAUAUAUGGAAAUGUAUGGUCUGCGCCUCAUGUGAAAGUCCCGCCCUGCUGUUGAGCUUCGAGAGGAUCAGCUUCGACUAUCCGGGAACGGAUGUCAAAUGCGUCAACGAGGUUUUGAGAAGCUGUAUGAACAGUACCAUACUUCCAUUGAAGAUUACACAGCAUUUAACGAUGGGUAUCAACGCUUCGACAGUAAUGAACAUCAAGAAAAAGGAUAUCGCAAAGGUCGCGCAAUCUUAUUACCCGGUUGCUGACAAUAUGUUGAAUAAGAAAAAUGCACCCGAAUGGAAAGCUAAACCUGGCGAUUAUUACGAUGCUAUGAUAACCACUCAUGAACUGACAAAGCUAUUAGCAAUACAAAAACAAUGCAAGCAAACCUAUCGGAAGGAAAUCAACUUUCUUACUGCUAGUAUCCUUUCGUCCAAUACAUGCAAAGAGACCAUAUCAAUAUUUCCUAAUAUAUCUGACGGAGGCCUUCGGAAGUCAUGGACUGAAGACGAGUUGACGGGACAGGAACUACGAAUAAAAUAUGCUAACAAGUCAGAUAAAUAUGCUGCGAAUCGUCAGAUUGUAUACUCCAUCUUUGUCUCAGUCUCUACAAGUUAUUCAAAGGUCAUUUCCAAAGAAGUAAACUUAACAUCGGCGGUCAUGAUAAACAGCAAUGUAAUGCAAGUGAAUCUAGACCCACCCUUCGAGCAGGGAGAUGAGCUUUGUUUCAAAAUGAAGCAUCGCGUCUCGAAUGAAUACAAAGAUAAGAAGAAGCGUCUAAGAAAAAUGGACACUAUCUGUUCCUAUUGUGAAUAUGACUCAAAUGGUUCCCCCAAGGCCUGGGGAACGCAAGGUGUGAGAAAGAUCAAAUCAGAUGCUCACAGCACGGAGUGUUGCAGUACACAUACCACUAACUUCGCGAUACUUAUGCAGCCCAUACCAGUGUUUGUUCCUAGCGUACAUGAGAAGGUGCUGUCCGUCCUGACAUACAUCGGCUUGACCAUCUCUCUUAUCUCACUACUUAUCUUCUUCUUCUUGAUCGUACUGAAUCCUCAUCUCUUAAAUGAAAGAAAUGUCAUCCACCUCAAUCUAAUUGUGGCCAUGAUCAUCGCACUGUUUAUGUUCCUAAUCUCGGAGUUGGUCACAAAAGAAAAGGCAAUUUGCCAAGCGGUGGCCAUACUUAUCCAUUUCUUUUUCCUGGCGACCUUCUGCUGGCUAUGGGUAGAAGCCCUCUACCUCUUCUACGCUGUCACGUCAGGGAUCACCAAGGGUCGCCUUAAGUGUUAUAUACCAUUUGCCUGGGGUGUUCCUUUGGUGAUAGUGUCAGCAGUCGUUGGCAUGAACGUGGACAACUAUGGGUCCGACUGGAAGUGUUGGCUGAAUGCGGACGGAAACGCUAUAUAUUCAUUUGUUGGUCCAAUAUUGUUGCUGAUAUCGCUUAAUGCUUGUGUGAUGAUGAUUGUCUUGUGUAACCUGUCAACACCUGCAAUAAAGAGAGAAGACACACUUUCAGACAUAAGGAAAGCCGUCAAAAACACCAUACUUUUGAUACCAAUACUUGGUUUAACGUGGGUUCUUGGUCUGCUGUCUGUAUGGGAUCCUACCUGGGGUCUGUUGUAUGUCCACGUCAUUCUCAACACCCUUCAGGGCUUUUUUAUCUUCCUGUUCUACUGCGUGGGCACGAAAGAAUUACGCGACAAAUUGCUCUGUCGCCGUGGUACAUCCGACAUUAGCUCAUUCACAAGUAAAAAUUCUGACUCACUCGAGAAGUUGGUCAGUCGAGACAAGGCUACAGAAGUGUUUUAUUUGAAUCCUCUUCCUGGGACGAGUGCAAACUACGUUCCCGUCAAGCCCCAGCCCAAGAGUCGUCCGGUCACUCCACGACUGGACACGCCAAGGAACACGCAUGAACGACCGCCACUGUCACCUCCACCAGUCUACUUUCCAGAGGAACGUAGGAGGAUAUCAAUGCCUUGGACCGACCGCUUGACACCCGACAUCCUGUACGGGUCUCAGGAAACUAGAUUAAUGGAACCCCCAGCCGCUCCUGAACCAGUUUUCCCCGCAGAAACCCCAGUUAUUCCCGAAGAAGUUGAUUGGUGAUGCCAUGUGCAAGACGUCGCAUGAUUCCGUUAACGUGGAAACGUUUAAUUUAUAAGCAGAGGCGACAGGAUAGAUGCCAUGUCACAUCUUCUUUUCUGCAUUUGACUGUCUGAAAUAGAUUUCUGUACUGCAAUUCAAACGAGUGUAAGGAGUUAUUAUGAAUAAAGGUGGCACCACUUAUUUCGGGCCGAAACGAUGCAAGUGCUGCCAUCUUGACACGUGGCAUUCUCAGUAUACAUAAACAUCUAUCAUACUUUAUUAAUUGUAAGCAAAACUGGAAAGACUAUUUUAAAAUCAGUACGUUUCCGUCGUGGUAAAUGUGUGUGUUCGUGUUAGAAGAAGCAAUUCUGUGAUACGAUAGAUUUUGCUCGCUUUGUUUAAGCAUAUCAUACAUGAAAGUCUCAAAAGAAUUCUUCAGUAAAAACGAAUACAAACGAAUACAAGAUGAUUUUAAGAAAAUUCUUCAAACGACUAAACCGGCAGAGAUUAUCUAGAUGGAUUACAUCUCUUUGUAUAUGCUGUGCUGAACCGAAGCGAGUAUCAUGAAUACUGAGUUUCUUUUGUGGCAAAGUCGAAGAUGUCUGUGAUUUUCGUGCGAAUGUUCGGUUUUUUUCUGUAAAGUUUAUCUGAAUCAAACUCGAAAUCAUAGUGUUUUAAUUUUAUGAUCGUUUUAGUUAUUAAGCCAAAAAGUUAUGAAUUCAAUGUUGGUGUUUUCGUCUGCGAUGGUAAUGUCUUCUGAUUGGUUGAAAUACUUACCGGAAGUUACUCUUAUCAUCAAUGCGGGCCGAAUUUGCUGACAUUUCCAUGUAAGAAUACUGAAGUGACGGGUGUGAGGAAACCAGUUCAGCGUUGUCCGUUGUCGGCGUUCAUGAUACUUCACGCUCUUGGGUAUAAAGGUGUUUGAACACAUGAACUCCAAAUGCUUCUUCAUUAAGGUAUGAUUCAGAUAAAUUAGUAUUGAAUGUAAGUAGCUAUGAGUUAUUUUCGGUCAACAAAACUACUUUUGGGGUUGUAGAUAUAGAUAGACAGAGAUAAAGGGCUCAUUUACAACAUGCGUCUCCCUGUUGAUGGUCAGUAUACCAUGACGUUUACGCCACGUCAUAAUCGACGCAGAGAAAAUAAAGGCAGGAGGAAAUAAACCAUGCUGGUCAAGAUAUAUCAUAUGAUUAUGAUUUGUCAUAUUCGAUUUUUUGUUUGAUUAAGAUUUCGGGGUUUUUUUUGCUGUACAUGUUGAAACAAAUAUUUGGUCGGGCAAGACUCUCACGAGUCUAAAUCUAUUGACUCUGUCUAACUCUGUCCAUCCUCUGAAGAAUGUAUGAGAAAAUGUGCCCUCGUGGUUAAAAUAUCAGGAAAACCACCUAUACUAAACAGAAGAGGAACUAAAAUGUAUGGGCAAAGUAUUCGACUGUUUUCAGUGGCUUUUUAUUUCUCAUUCCCUUUUCCCCGAUUCUCCAGUAAAAAACUGCUAUUUCGCAUUGUCAAUGUAAUGGCUUCUUCUGCAACAAUUGGAGAGGAAGCACGGACUACUAAUAUGCUAACCCUGUCCAUAUUACCGUCGGAUGAUCGUGAAUUAGUAGAAUCGGGAAAAAGGAAUAAGAAAUAAGUAGCCAACUUCAGCAUGAUGUACAUGUAAAUGAUCGUGUACAUGUACAUGAUAGUUCUGUUCAGGUGGUGACUCUUCUGGUAUAAGCAGGGAGCAUUUUCUCACGCACCUUUUAGUUUACAAAAUGUAAGUAGAUGCUAUAAGAAAUUUGUGUCGGUGGCCUAUACGGGCGACGUUAAAAUAAAUCCAGUCUCUCUGGAGAGUCAUUAUUCUCUUGUCCAUGGUCUUUUAGAAGGAUGCUAACAGCUAUUGUAGGCGUAUAUUAACAUCACCACCUUCGAGGUUGCUGAGGCCGUCUUGUAUUUGUCUCAUCGAGCAGCAUGUAGUAUAUUUGUUGCCCGGUCGAGCUAUUGCCCACCGACAAUGCAGUUGACAAUGCCCGAUCCAGCGCCAACUGGCCAGUUUGGAAUCCUUGCCCGAGUGCUCAGUGGACCUUCCUUUCGUGUUGUAUGCAUAUACAUAUCAUGUUGUGUAUUGUUAAUUACUCUGUGUGUAUAAUAUCCCGGCAGUAAACUAAUAAAAAGUGAAAUAUUGUCAUAACGCA